AUGCUCAAUUAUUUACAGACAGCCACCGCCAACUUGGCGAGGCUAUCUGCCCACAAACCGAUCCACGUUACCCUUCUAACAUCGCUACUCGUGUCGAUAGCCUACCUCGCUGUCGUAGAUGAGUAUAUUCCAGGGCUGCUCGAGAAUAACGGCAGCGUGUACUAUUACCACCCACCAGGCACAAGUGAUUUCAACAAAUGGACUCAGGUGGAUGACCCAGCUCAAUAUGCUAACGCUGACCAAAUUCUGUUGGUGCCCUUAGUGUUCAGAAGAAAGAACAACCACGUCUUACCCAAUGUCCCUGACACCAUAACCGGAGCUCACUACGAAAAAAUCUUGAUGGUCAGGUCAAGCGCGUUGGACUCAAAGAUGGAUAGCUUGAGUAGAUUCACCGCUGAGGGGGUCACUUGGAAAGCCAGAUCUCACAAUAAGGUGGCAAGGAUCUUAGAGUACGGCAAGGUUGCUUAUAAGAAAGUCUGCCAGUUGAUUCGAGGCGCCGAGGCUUUCGACAUAUGCUUGAUCAUUGUGGCCUACAUUGCUAUGGCCUACACGAUAUUGAAAGUGUUCAUCGAUUUGAAGCGCAGCGACUCGAGCUUUUGGUUGGGAUUCUCCACAAUUGUGUCUUCCACCUUCGCUUUCAUCUUCGCCUUGGCCAUAACGACUAAGGUAUUUGAGACAAAGGUUUCUUUGCUCAGCAUGACUGAGGGAAUUCCUUUCUUGACUGCUAUCAUUGGCUUCAAACACAAGGUGUCCAUUGCAACCGCCGUGGUAAAUGAUUCAGCGUCAAACCUUGAUGUCAAGACCAUCGUUUCCACUGCAAUUGCCAGUCACACAACAAGUUUGCUCAGAGAUCACGUCACCGUUAUUGUUGCCUUGCUUUCAGCUUUAUUCUAUACCGCCAAAAUGGAGGGCUUAAGAAACUUUUGCUUGUUGAGCAGCACCAUCUUGACUUUCGACUUGUUGCUCACAUACACAUUUUUCUCGGCCGUGUUGGGACUUAAGGUUGAGAUUACCAGAGCUCGUAGAACUCACGACUUACAAACCGCUUUGGAAGAGGAGGGCAUUUCUUCCUUGGUGGCUGCAUCCAUUGCUAACCGCUCUGCUAAAAACGAGUACCCCAAAGGCAGUGACUCCCGCACCACCGUAUUAUCAUUCAAGAUAAUGAUGCUCGCCGUCUUUUUCGCAUUUCAUGGUUUGUGGUUGGGAAGCUCAUGGUUGUACGGCUCGUCUUCAGAUCUCUUCAACGAUACCAUCGGUCUCUCCAAGGAAACAGCUCAACAAAUUUCGGUUAGUUCCAAGGGCACCCUUAUCACAUUACUCAAGCCUCAGGUUUACGUUCCAAAUGGUGUUCUUGUAACUAUUGAGGAUGUCAUUUCUUCCAUAUUGGAGUCUGUAUCGAGGGCUAUCAAAGAUAGCCUCAUUUCCAAGUUCCUUCUUUUUGGGUUUGCAGUCUCUAUUUCUUUCAAUGCAUACUUCUUGAAUGCAACGCGUUAUCAGCGCAACGCCACUAAUAAGUUGGUCGAGAGAGAGAUGUCAAGACCAAAGCUUAGCGGAAUUGCCAAAACUUCGAAAAAGUCAAGAAAAACCAAGAAGAAAAAUGAUUCUUACGAUAAUGAUGACAGCUCUUCUAACGACAGUGCGCUAACCUUCAAUGCUCCUGUCAAGGUUUUGCCUCUCGAGGAGUGUGUCAAGCACCUUAAAGAAGGGAAGGUUAAAGAGUUGAACAAUGAUGAAAUAUCGUCAUUAGUUGUCGCUGGGAAGUUGCCUUUGUAUGCCCUCGAGAAGCAAUUGGGUGACAAUUUACGUGCCGUUGUCGUUCGUCGUAAAGCCAUUGCCAAGCUUGCUAAUGCUCCAGUCCUUGACACUGACAAAUUGCCCUUUGCCCACUACGAUUAUGAUCGUGUAUUCGGUGCGUGUUGCGAGAAUGUCAUUGGUUAUAUGCCUUUGCCCGUGGGUGUUGCUGGCCCUUUGAUCAUCGAUGGUGUUCCAUAUCACAUUCCAAUGGCUACCACCGAGGGAUGCUUGGUCGCUUCAACUAUGCGUGGCUGUAAGGCAAUUAAUUCCGGAGGAGGUGUUCAAACAAUUCUUACUCAAGAUGGUAUGACUAGAGGUCCAUGUGUUUCUUUUCCAUCCUUGGCUAGAGCUGGUGCUUGCAAGCUUUGGUUGGACUCUGAGGAGGGUCAAAGAACCAUCAAGAAGGCAUUCAAUUCUACUUCCAGAUUUGCGCGUUUGCAACAUGUUAAGACUGCGAUUGCUGGAACUUUGCUUUUCAUUCGCUUUAAAACCACCACAGGUGACGCUAUGGGAAUGAACAUGAUUUCAAAAGGUGUCGAACACUCUCUUAAGUUUAUGAUGGAGGAGUGUGGCUUCGAGGAUAUGUCGGUUAUCGCUGUUUCAGGCAAUUACUGUACUGAUAAGAAACCGGCUGCGAUUAACUGGAUCGAGGGUAGAGGCAAAUCUGUCGUUGCUGAGGCUAGAAUUCCCGCUGAUGUUGUAAGGAAGGUUUUGAAGUCCGAUGUCGACGCCUUAGUUGAAUUGAACGUUAGCAAGAACUUGGUAGGUUCAGCCAUGGCAGGUUCUGUCGGAGGUUUCAAUGCCCAUGCCGCUAACUUGGUUACUGCAGUUUACUUGGCCUGUGGUCAGGAUCCAGCGCAAAAUGUGGAGUCGUCCAACUGUAUCACGCUCAUGAAUAAGGUUGGCGACGACCUUCAAAUCUCCGUCUCUAUGCCCUCGAUCGAAGUGGGCACUAUCGGAGGUGGUACCAUUUUGGAAGCUCAAGGGUCAAUGUUGGACUUGUUGGGCGUUAGAGGACCACACCCCAAAAAUCCUGGUGAUAACUCCAGACGCCUUGCAUGUAUUGUUGCAUCUGCCGUUUUGGCAGCUGAGCUCUCGCUAUGCUCUGCUUUGGCGGCGGGUCACUUGGUUCAGUCCCACAUGCAACACAACAGAAGCAAAGCUCCUGCUAAUGGAGAUGCUCCCAAGCCUGUAGCCAACGGUACAACCAACGGUCAAGACAUCAAGCGCCUCCAGGAGGGUUCGGUGAACUGCAUCAAGUCAUAG